AUUGCUCUGUCAUUCAUUUUGCCGCCCUUCCUGGUCCCAAACACUUGUCACUCAUUAUCGUUGUUACUUUUACAAUCUCUUAAUCAGUUACAUCAAAAUGAAGGGCUUCAACGCAGGUAUCCCCGUUGCCAUCCUCGCCGCUUUGGGACAGGUACAGGCCCAGGUGCAGGCCCAGGAUGUUGCCAAGCGUAACUUCGGUUCGUCUUUCGAACACAUUGGAGAAAGCAUUGAAGACGCCUUUGACCACCCUCACCCGCAUGGCGGUCCUCAUGGCGGUCCUCACGGUGGCCCUCAAGGCAGCCCCCACGGCGGCCCCGGUCCCGAGAGCCACCUUCCCAUGGCUCACGCUGCUCGUGCUUACCGUCCUGGAGAGGAUGUGGCCAGCCUUGAGAGCGACCCAUUCUUCAGCGAGGGCUCGUAUGAGCGGCCUUCAGACCACGGCCCUUCAGCUGUCCCGACUUGCUCGACCCAGACUGAGCAUAUCGUCCACACUAUCACCAAGACUGUGACUCCCGAGCACGAGCACAAGCAUACUCCUACCUCGCACGCGUCGCACCCCAUCGGCCUUGACCCGGCCGCUCACGCGCCACAGUCGUCGUCCUCCCACGCCCCGGCUACCACGCCUGCCGUGGCCCACGUCGCUCAAACCUCCUCUACCGCUCAUGCUGUCCACACGUCUUCUGCGGUGCACGUGGCUAACGCGCCUCACACAACUUCCGCGGUGCACGUCGUCAAUGUGCCUCACACAUCGUCUGCUGUGCAUGUGGCUAGCGCGCCUCACACGUCUUCUGCAGUGCACAUUGUCGACGCUCCUCACACAUCAUUCGCUGCGCAUAUGGCGAACGCGCCUCACACGUCUUCUGCACACUCAGCCCUCAUCCCGGCCUCUACUCAGGUCCCGACUAGCACCUCUGCUACCCACGUUCCCGUGGCCACCUCGACCUCCAGCGUCCACGGGCCCAUGACUUACAACGUCAUCCCCGUCCACGUUCCUUCCUCCUCGCACAGCUCCAUUAAGCUGCACGCUUCCUCGUCGUCUGCCUACCCUAGCGGUGCUGACGGUACUCACUUCCACGGCACCUAUGGCACUCCUGGCGCUGGUGUUGCGUUCACUGGUGCCGGUACCCAGCUCCUGCCCGGCACUGGCAUUGUCACUGCCGUUUGUGGAUUACUUGGUGUGUUGGCUUACGCUCUUUAAGUGUGACCAUCAGGAUUGAUUGGUUGUGUUUUGUAUCGUAGAAGCUUGGUUCUAAUACCGUAUAAUAUCUUUUUAUUUUUCGUUCGUUUGUUGUCACUCCUUUGGAAGGGUUAAAAUAGUUGAUACAAUGUUACUGCUGAAAUAAUAUAAUAUGA